AUAAUGGCUGGAGUGCAUUUUAGUAUUUUUCUUUAAUUAGAGGGGCAUGUUAAGAAGUUAUAACUUUAUCUGCAGAUAGAAUAAAUUGCUUCCUCCUUAUGCCCUUUAAUACAAACUCUCUAAUUCUACAAGAAAAGGAUUAAAGAUUGUUAUAGGAAUUCCAGCUUGUAAAAAGCAUAUUAUCUUCUUUUAUUUCAUCUUUCCCAAAAAGUAGAAAAUUCACUUGUUGGGGAAAGAAAAUUAUGGGUCGUGGAAAGAUACCAAUUAAGAGGAUUGAAAACCAGACCACAAGGCAAGUAACCUUCUCCAAGCGCAGAGCUGGACUUUUGAAGAAGACUCAUGAGCUUUCUGUCCUCUGUGAUGCCCAGAUUGGUCUCAUAAUCUUCUCUAGCACUGGAAAGAUGUGCCAGUAUUGCACUGAGCCUUUAAGGAUGGAGCAAAUCAUAGAAAGGUACCAGAAGAUUACAGGAACCUGCAUUCCCGAGCAUGAUAGUAGAGAACAACUAUUCGGUGAGUUGGCCAUGCUAAGAAAAGAAACUCGCCGUCUUCAGCUGAACAUGCGGCGGUACACUGGUGAAGACAUGAGCUCUAUUCCAUUUGAGGAGUUGGGGGAACUUGAACAAGAACUAGAGCGCUCCGUGGCCAAGGUUCGGGACCGGAAGAAUGAGCUCUUGCAACAGCAGCUGGAUAAUCUGCGCAGGAAGGAGCGAAUGUUGGAGGAGGAAAAUGGCAAUAUGUACCGUUGGAUUCAGGAGCAUCGCGCAGCGCUGGAGUACCAGCAGGCGACAAUGGAAGCAAAGCCAGUGGAACAUCAGCAAGUUCUGGAUCAGUUCCCAUUCUGUGGGGAGCCUAACAGUGUCCUUCAGCUCGCAACCAUUCCCUCUCAAAUUCAUCCAUACCAUCUCCAGCUCGCUCAGCCAAAUCUUCAAGGUUCUAGUGCCUAGCAAUUUCAUGUACGAAUUAUCAGAGAAGGGUUUCUUUCUCAAAUCAAAGUAUCAAAGGCAUACUACAGUGCAAUAUACAGCUUGGAUUGCUUUUAAGAUAGAUUAAUAUAUGGUUUCUUACUGCAUUUUAAGUAUAUUCUGCAAGUUAUGUUUUUCAAAUUAUGGUAUUAUCAUGAACAGUGGUGUGUCUGGUACAUUAGUUGUGUUUCUUGGCGAUUAUAGUAUGACCAGAAGACAGAUGUAAUCUAGUACAUAACUUAUUAAUUUGAUACUUUCCAUUUUAUGAUGCCA